UUUUUAACUCAGGUACCUGCUUUGUCAAUAAGGAAGUGGAGUUUCUCUCUGUGUGGUUUUGUUUGUUUGGAGGAAUAAAGAAGAUUGCACCAUGGAGGGACCUUCCACAAGCAGCGCUGCUGAAGAACCAUCUGUUGCAGCACAAGUUCCUUUCCUUCACCUGUGCACCACUUUAGAGAAAAUCCAGAAGUCCAAACUCCGUCCUGAUAAAUCCAAGAUCCUCAGAGAUUUCAUCGAGUCGUGGAGGAAGUUUCACUCCGCCCUCCACAAAGACAAUCCCAACACAACUGACUCUUUCUACCCAGCUAUGCGCCUCGUCGUUCCCUCGUUCGAACGGGAGCGGAUGGCUUAUGGCAUCAAGGAGAACAUGUUAGCUAAACUCUACAUCAAUGUAUUAGGCCUCCCACAGAACGGCCCAGAGGCCAAUAAACUGUUGAACUACAGAGCUCCCACUACGUCCCAAGGAGAGGCCGGAGACUUUGCUGGCAUGGCGUACUUUGUGCUGAAGAAACGAUGCACCAGCCAAGGAAACCUCAGCAUCAAAGAAGUCAAUGAAUUUUUGGACACGGUGGCGAUCAACAACGCGGGCAAGCAGAAGGAUCUCGUGAAAAAGGGUCUCCUGCACCUCAUCACCCAGAGCUCAGCUCUGGAGCAAAAGUGGCUCAUCAGGAUGAUUUUGAAGGACAUGAAGCUCGGGAUCAGCAAAGAAAUAGUUCUCCAAGUCUUCCACCCAGAUGCUACUGAGCUCUACAACGUCAACACAGACUUGAACAAGGUUUGCCAGCAGCUCCACGACCCGUCCUUGUCUCUGAGCGAAGUCUCCAUCGGCCUUUUCUCUGCCUUCAAGCCGAUGUUAGCAGCUGUGGCCAACAUCCGCAAUGUGGAGAAACAGAUGGGCAACAGUCCCUUUUACAUCCAGACCAAGCUGGACGGGGAGCGUAUCCAGCUGCACAAAGACGGAGACGUGUACAAAUACUUCAGUCGAAAUGCUUUUGAAUACACGCAGCAGUUUGGAGGAUCGCCCCUGGAGGGCUCACUGACACCUCACAUCCAUAAUGUGUUUAAACGUCAUGUGGUGAACUGUAUCCUCGAUGGUGAGAUGAUGGCGUACAACCCGACCACAGAGACCUUCAUGCAGAAAGGAAGCAAGUUCGACAUCAAGAAGCUGGUGGACGACUCUGGGUUGCAGACAUGCUUCUGUGUGUUUGACGUGUUACUCAUCAAUGGACAGAAGUUUGCCAAUGAAACACUGCAGAGGCGCUACGAGGUAAUUAACACCGUUUUCACACCAGUCAAGGGAAGGAUUCACCUGGUGCCGAAGAGCGAUGCCAGAACCAGGCAAGAGGUGGUGAACGCCCUCAACGAUGCCAUAGACAGCAGAGAAGAGGGGAUCCUGGUGAAGGAUCCGCUAUCCAUCUACAAACCUGACAAACGAGGGGAAGGAUGGCUGAAGAUAAAGCCAGAAUAUGUCGAUGGCUUGAUGGAUGAACUUGACCUGCUGAUCAUCGGCGGCUACUGGGGCAAAGGGAGACGAGGCGGCAUGAUGUCCCAUUUCUUAUGUGGCAUUGCUGAGGCUCCGAAGCCUGGCGAGAACCCGUCAGUGUUUCACUCGUUCUGCCGCAUCGGCUCUGGCUACACCAUGAAGGAGUUGUACGACCUUGGUUUGAAGCUCGCCAAGCACUGGAAGGUUUACCGGAAAACUGACCCCCCCGCCUCCAUCCUGUGUGCAACAGAGAAGCCAGAAGUCUACAUCGAGCCCUGCAACUCUGUCAUCAUUCAGGUCAAGGCGGCGGAGAUAGUCAGCAGCGACAUGUACAAAACCAACUGCACCCUGCGCUUCCCAAGGAUUGAGAAGAUCCGCGAUGACAAACAGUGGCACCAGUGCAUGACUCUGGCAGAGCUGGAUCAGUUCCGCAGCAAGGCGCUGGGGAAGCUCGCCUCGCGGCACCUUAGCAUCAACAACGAGGAACCGCAGAAGAAGAAGCGCAAGGUGGCACCCAAACCUAAGAAAGUGGUCGGAAUCAUCGACCACUUUAAGCCGCAGGACUUCUCCGCGGUUACCAAGGAGACGGAUAUGUUUGAGGAUGUGGAGUUCUGCGUCCUGAACGGCACCGCGGAUCACCCCAAGGCGGAGCUGGAAAAGGGCGUCGUCAGGUGUGGAGGCAUCGUGGUUCAAAACCCCGGGCGUGACACCUACUGUGUGAUCGCCGGCGUGGAGAACAUGCGCGUCAAGAACCUGAUUUUGUCCAACCAGCACGACAUGGUUUGGGCGUCCUGGCUGCUGGAGUGCCUGCAACAGAAGGAAGUGGUCCCAUGGCAACCGCACCACAUGAUCCACAUGUCGCCCUCCACCAGGGAGCACUUCUCCAAGGAGUACGACAGCUACGGCGACAGCUACCACGUGGACACGGACGAGCAGCAGCUGCGCGAGGUGUUCGGCCGCAUCGGCAGCAGCAACGAGCCGGCGGCCGUGAACGUCGGGCAGGUGGAGCAGCGCUACAGCUGGGACGACCUUCCCACCAGCAUGUUCAGACCCUUCAGGGUUUACAUGGACAGCCGUGCUGACGUAGGAGAAACCGAAACAGCCGUACCUGCGUCCUGUGUGGACAUCAGGGCGCUGGAGUUCCGUUACCAUGGCGGCGUGGUGGAGCAGAAGUUGGAGGAAGGCGUCUCUCAUGUCAUCAUCACAGAGGAAACAAGACUUCUGGAUUUCAGGACUCUGAGGCGGAGCUUCAGGAAGAAGUUUAAGAUUGUAAGAGACUCGUGGGUGAGUGACUCGAUCGAAGCCGGAUAUGUGAUGAAUGACAACGAUUAUUUAGUUUGAAGAGUCUCACGUGACAACAGACUUUUUUAAUUCUUUCCGAAUAAAGUGAGUGUAGAGAUUUUAAUCAACUCAGACAAACAUUCGCUAUUAAAAGAAAAAGAUGAGAUUUUUUAACUUAAUGUUUUUUGCAUCUAGAAUCAUUUUAUUAUUCAAAUCUAGAAGCCAAUUCUUAUUUUUUACCUAAAACUUUAAGAUAAGCAGUUUUCAGACGUGUACUCAGGAGUUUUGCUUUCACGCAGCCGGAGAUUGUCCGACUCGUUCACAGCAACAGGAACAUGUGGGGAACAUUCAGGCGAAGGGUGGAGCCUGUAGAGCAGCGGGAGGCGGGACAUGAUGUAUAAAUUCUGUUGUAUACAGAUAUGACACGACAACAAUAAUAUAUACGUGUCCUCACGUGGACUCACUCCAACAUUUCAUCAGGGGGCUGGAAGAGUAUUUAUUUCCCUGUGUGUGAUCUUUGCCUUUAUGCUUUUGUGUCUGUUCCAUCACAUAAUAAAUACAAGUCCAAUAAUGGUUUUUAAAAUUAGUAAUUAACUUUAAAUGUGUGCGUGUGAAGCGAUGGCCUUUGCCUCAGCUCUGUAGCGCGCUCCGCUGGUGGAGACGGACCGAGGGGCACCACAGGUGUACGUCAAAACUGCUUCAGCUCAAGGCCCUUCAGCCAAGAUGUCGCCAUUUUUUCCCGUCUCCAGAAAUGUCACCAAUGUGCCCUGGGACUCAUUGAUAUGUUAUAACCUUCAUCACCAUCGCCGCCGGGGUGCAGGGUGCCGCCUGUGGUGUCCUGCAUUGCAAAUGCCGCAUGAAUACAUUUCCAAGGUAAAAGUGAUGGAGAAGCUGUUUCUCAUCAUAUCUUGUGAAUUAACCCUGAUAGGUUUGUGUUUCUUCCAACGUUGUUAAAGUGAAAUUUGAGGCUGUUUCCGCUGAGAAAACUUUGAGAGGGAAAGUGUCUGGACUCAUGAGCUGUGUGUAACCUGUCGCCCACUCUGGACUAUUUCCAGGUGAUGCAGAGUGAGCGUUUGACUGACAGGCUUUAAUUUGAGGUGCUCAGCCAGUGCUUAUUCCUGCCAGGCUUCAACAAACACUUCAACCACCAGCUCUCUGAGAGAUGACAGAUCCUCGCUCUGCAGAAACACCACGUCCUGACGGGGAAGGUGCUCUAUCUCGGCCGGUUGUAGCUCUUCCAGAUCAUCCAUCAGGAAGUGACAUCUGUGAGCACAUCGGACGCGGCAGAAACAAAUAGUUCGUAAGUGGCACAGAUGAAAUGAUUUAGGUCAAGGUCACCUCUCAAACCACAGGUUUUAACUUGUGAAA